AUGGAAAGCAAACCAACCGAACCAGCUAAAACAGUAGAACCAACCGAACCAGCUAAAACAGUAGAACCAACCAAACCAGCAGACAAAAUAGAGUUGACAGAAAAACAUGUACAAUCUCUGAAGAAAAUGUCACAUCUCACCGACACAGAAAUUCGAACAUUAUUUGGCAGUUUUCGUCAAUUGGGAUCUUCUGGCCAACUCACACUGGAAGAAUUCACCAAACUAUGGAAUGGUACAGCGCCCGAAGAGGAUAAUUCUAAUGAUAUUUUUUCAGCCAAACGAGCCUUUGCAGUGUUCGAUCGAGAUCAUUCAGGAAAAAUCGACUUCAACGAAUUUUUGACGGCUACUGUCUUGUUGAGACGUCACUCAACAAAGCAAAAGCUUACACUUAUGUUUGCUCUAUGCGAUUCCAAUUACGAUGGUUAUCUUUCAAAAGAAGAAAUUGAAAAAUUCUUUCUUACAAGAAAGGCUGCAGAAGAACAUGCGAAAGACGAUGACAUCGCAGCGUUCAAGGCUCAUUUAAAUGAGAUCUUUGCAAAAUAUGAUCUCAACAAGGAUGGAAAAAUGUCACACAAGGAAUUCCAUAAUCUUUGCAAUAAUGACGAAUUUUUCAAGCAAAUUGUAGCUUGA